AUGUCUCUGAACGAAGUCUGGGAGGCAGCCUCCGCAACUCCUUAUAUUCCUCUCGUUGGCAAGGACACCCAGUUCGCAGUCGGCUUCAACUUGCUCCUUGUCGCACUGGUGACCGCGACGCUCUUCGGCUUGAACCGGUCCUUGCUCGGUAUUGCAUCCUUGGGCGUACCGGCUGCAUUGGCAUUUGGCUUCGGGGCUUUGUUCACAAUCUGUGCCGUCGGAGUCUACGUCUAA